GGAAACCACUCCCACUUUUGUUUUAGCUAUAUCUAUCAUAAUUUUAAAAUCAGGUCAGAUUUUACAGUGACAUUUAGAUCUACUUGCACCAACAAAUUUAAAACAAAUUUCUUCUGGCUUGCAUUGUUUAUUUCAAAAACCAAUGCAAUGGAUCACAAAAAAUUGACUCUAUUAAUUUGUGGGACCAUCUUACUUGUGAUACUGGUGCAGAUUCCUUUAGGAUAUAUUUCUAGCAUGAGACCAGCUGAUACCACAUUCACACAGGUGUAUGAAAAAAACCUUAUCAAGCCACAGCAGAACAAAGAUGAUGUAAACAACGAGAUUAAACAAGCCGAUGUAGCUGAACCUGGAAAACUUUUCCAGAAGCGACUACCUAAAUGCCUCAUCAUUGGCUUUGCCAAAUGCGGAACUUAUGCCUUAAAGGCUUUUAUGUCGCUACACCCAGACAUCGUCACAGCUAAACUAGAGGUGGGCUUUUUCAAUACCCAUUACAACAAGGGGCUUCAGUGGUAUAUUGAACAAAUGCCUGAAUCUUAUGAACAUCAGAUCACGGUGGAGAAGACGCCUACAUACAUCACGACAAAGGAGUCACUUGACCGUAUUUAUCAUUUUAACGCCUCCAUUAAACUGAUUGUCCUUGUAAGAGAUCCAGUAACAAAGCUACAGUCUGCAUACUGUCAUACGAGAGCUCAUAGUAAUCCUAAAACAUUUAAUGUGACGUUUGAACAAUGGCUGGAUGAUAUCAAUUUCGUAUCUGUUAAAAAAAUUAACUAUCAUAUCUACAUCAAGAAUGCUUACGAUCUGUUUUCAAGAAAACAAGUUUUAGUGUUAUCUGAGGAAGACUUAGAGGAAGAUCCACUCUCUGUAAUGAAGGAGGUCGAACAAUUUCUUGGACUACGACCAGUUUUAACAAAAGAACUUUUUGUGUUUAGCGCUGAAAAAGGAUUUUAUUGCUUUAAUAAAUCACACCCGAGGUACCAUGCAGUGGCAGAAGUCCUCAAUGUGGACUAUGAAACAGGAUGUCUUAGCAGAAACAAGGGGAGAGAACACCCUGAUAUCAGUGACAAGAUCGUCAAGCUCAUUGUGAAACAUGUGACACCAGUGAAUGAAGCUCUGUUUAAUCUCAUUGGCAAACGUUAUAAGUGGACAACUCUAGCGGACUUGAAGUAAAAGUUGGAAUGUAUACAGAUAGUCAUACAUCAUCAUAAAGUUUUUUAAAUUUAAAAGGCACAUAUAUCCAGAGACACUAUUGUCAUCAUAUUUCACCACAAUAAACAUUGGCAUUAAUUGUGUUCUAGCUCUUGAUGCAAGUUUUCCAGAGUGAUUACUGACAAAUAAGUUGACCACUUGACCACACAGAACAAUUUUACUAAUGGCUGUCAUUUCUUGGAAGUAUUUUAAUACAGUGAUUUAUAACUGAGAGAUAAUUUAGGACUAUUUAUAAGCCAAAAACAAGUGAAUAAUAUUAGCAAUAAUAAGACAAUGUAUGAAAAAUAUCUAAUAAACUGUGAAGAUAAAUGUUACGUCAAAGUAUCCAUCUUGCAAUAAAUAACAUUUAGUACUUUUAUCUUGUUUAGCUUGCAAUUUCAUUAAUUUCUCUUGACAACUAUAUUUAACUUAUCAAACCACAUUUUUAGACUUUCUAUGGGAAAGUGACAAAAAUCAAUGUCUUGAGUGAGUUUAUCAAAUUAUAUUGAUAGCUUAAGUAUUCAAUGAAAACAAUGUGUGUAUUUCCCGGUGUCAAAAGAAUUUGGACAUGACAAUAUAAUAUGCAAUGAAGAGUGUGAACAACAUACAUGUCAAAAUAAUUUUUAGCAAAUAAAUCUCUGAAUUUGUAAAUAUAAUAUGGUUAAAAAAUAAAUGAAU